AUAGAGCCCGUCCACUCCACAGGUUUAUCGUUAAACAAGCGCGCAUCUGACUCACUUCGAAAUUAUCAGUUGGUGCCAACAAAACAACGUGGUCGCCAUGGAAAAUUGUACGGAGAAGACACCUUUACUUUCGCAAAAAUCGACAAGCGGCACGACGGCACACGUCCAGCGUCCAGUGCAGCAGGUUGACCUGAAUGACCUUACAAGGUAUCAAUACAGAGAGUCGGGUGUUGGACGAGCAGUGAAGGAGAAGCUCUCGUCUUGUGAUCCGAAAUCGUGUCUUUUGUCUACGGUUCCGAUUUUGGAGUGGUUGCCGCGCUACCGGUGGAAGAACAUACCCGGUGAUUUCGCCAGUGGCCUUACCGUCGCCAUUAUGCACAUACCACACGGAAUGGCCUACGCGCUUUUGGGUAACCUACCGCCAGUCGCCGGCAUCUACAUGGCAUUUUUCCCGGCGCUGGUCUACGUCCUGCUGGGCACCUCGAGGCACGUGUCAAUGGGCACCUUCGCGUUGGUUUGUCUCAUGACCGGUAAGGUAGUCUCACAGUACUCCCACAAGGGGAGCGCCGGAAACGCGACUCUUCCAAACGGAGACGACGUCCGUUAUACACCUGUCCAGGUGGCGACCGCCGUGACCUUCACCGUGGCCGCCUUUCAAAUGCUGAUGUACGUAUUUCGGUUGGGCAUCGUUACCAAGCUGCUCUCUGAAACUUUGGUAAACGCCUUCACGUGUGCAGCCGCUUUCUAUGUGGUCAUCUCGCAGCUGAAGGACCUUUUCGGCUUGGUCGUACCCAAAAGGACGGGAAUAUUUUCAUUGGUUCUGACACUCUACGAUAUCAUCAUUUCUCUGCCUAGUGCCAACGUCGCCGCGGUCGUAAUGUCAGCCCUAUUUAUUACGGUUUUGGUUAUAAACAACGAAAUCCUUAAGCCAAUCCUCGCAAGGAAAACGAAAAUCCCAUUUCCCAUCGAGCUAGCAGCGGUGGUCAUCGGGACGGGCGUCUCGUACGGGGUUGGUAUGAAGGAGCGCUAUGAACUGAACACAAUUGGACACGUUCCGACUGGCUUACCACAACCGGAUCUUCCUCCGUUGGCCUUGCUUCCCUCCAUAGCAAUGGAGGCGUUUGUGAUCACAAUGGUGUCGUACACGAUUUCGAUGUCAUUGGCACUCAUCGUCGCCCAAAGGGCGCGUUACAAUGUCGACGCCAACCAGGAGCUGUUGGCACUGGGUUUCAGCAAUCUUUGCGGAUCGUUCUUCUCGUGCAUGCCGAUCACAGCUUCACUGUCGAGGACUAUGAUACAGUACACUGUUGGUGGUGUAACUCAGCUCGCGUCGGUGGUUUCGUGCGUUAUCAUUCUCGCGGUGCUACUCUGGAUCGGACCGGUUUUCGAAACCCUGCCGAAGUGCGUCUUGGCAAGCAUCAUCGUGGUCGCUCUCAAGUCGAUGCUGCUCCAGUUCCUCUCACUGAGGAAGUACUGGGUGUUGAGUAAGUGGGACGGAGCGGUUUGGUUGGUCACAUUUUUUGCCACCACCAUUCUCAGCAUUGAUUAUGGCUUACUGGCCGGAAUUCUAAUAUCACUGUUCAGCAUGUUCGUUCAGGGACAAAGACCGGAUGCGUGCCUAAUGGGGGUAGUCCCAGGUACCGACCUCUACCUGGACACCAGGCACCACGAGGGGAUUGAAGAAGUAGAAGGCAUUAAAAUAUUCCACUACAGUGGAAGCUUAAACUUCGCGUCCAACGAUGCUUUUAAAUCAAUGCUAUUUAGCCUCACUGGUUUGGACCCAUUCAGCAUGAAAAUCGAAGAGCAUUCCACCAAGAGCAUUAUACUGGAUUUCCCAGCUGUGGCCUACAUCGAUCCCUCCGGAGUGGAAACCUUAAGAUCCGUGAUCCGUCAGUACACUCAGUUAGAUGUUUCAGUUUACAUCUGCUCCUGCUCUGAUCGCGUUUUCGAAGCGCUGAAGAAGUGUUCAGAUAAAUCUGACCAGUUCGCAAUUUUCCCCACUGUACACGAUGCAGUUUUGCACAGCCAAUCGAGUUUUGUGGAGAGAGAUGUCUGAUACCCAUAACAACGUCAACAGUGAAGGUUCUGCUUGUGGAUAUCUAGUAAAUCACUAAUCCUAGUAGCUUUUCUGGUAAUUGUUUGAGUUUGAAUCGCCUGUACUAUUUCUAGCAGUAGACUAAUUUACGUGGU